AUGCCGGCCCCAAAAAAGAAUAGAAGAGGUAGGAAGAAGAAGGAGGAUGUCUCAAUAGUCAAGAAGAUUACGAAAAAGGGAUCGGAUCAGCCAAUGAAAAGGCGAGGAAGAAAGAAAAAGAAUAACCCGGACCCAUUGGUGAUCGUCCCGGCAAAUACCGUUCCGAUUCCUGUUACUCUCGACGAUAACAUCGACUGUGAUGUAUUGAACCAUUCUCGUCUAUUCAACUUCCAGAAAAGAAAAACCACCUGUUCGGCUAUUUUGACAAAGUAUUGUAAUGAUGUAAGAUCUUCGCUCGAUUCCAAUUCGUUCUCGUCCAAUGAGAUUUCGAACAUUAAUGCAACCAUCAAGAGUAUUGAUGAUUUUUUGAAGAAUUGGAACAACUUCACUUUGCAAGUGGUAGAUGUUCUCAAAGAUAGUACAGAUGAACUAAUUCAGAAAACUGUACGUGAAUGCUCUAACCUGGUAACCAGUGAGCCUAAACGCCUGUAA